AUGGCGGGGAAGGGGUGGUCCUGCGCCGGAGUGGGGAGCCUUGGGCGGCUGGGGCCCGGGAUCGAGGUCCAGGAGGCCAGGCCCCUCCGGAAUCGUGUUUGUUGGUACCGAGCAGAUCUAGAGGUGGCGGUCGUCUCGAGACUUUUUGGCCGUGCUCGCAAGCCCCUGGCAUCUUCCUCCGCCCACCCCUUCUCUAGGAAUCCCAAGCAGAGACCCCCGGGUGAUGUUCGGAUCCGCAGACUGGCCGGCGUCGGCCAUAUCGCGGACAGGGGCACCUGA